AUGGCAGCUACUCUCCAUCCUUCGAGAAACGAUGCAGGCGCGAGUUCUCUAUAUCCACGCGUAAUUAUGAACGAAUAUGACUAUGGAGACAAUCGAUAUCCAACCAUUUCUUCCCAAACUAAACCUUCCCAACCAACUGUUUCUGUUCCACUGUCCACGGAACGCCCUUGGGACGUGCCGUCCAAUGUCAACGCCGGAGAACAGCAACGUGAAAAUAUUGAGUAUGCUGCAGCAAAUUCACUGUCAGGGGGUGCAUCCGUGACGGAGCAACGAAGGCAGGCUGAAUCACAGUCAUACGUACAGCGGCCUUCGUCACGACAGGAAGGAUUCCCUCCCGAGACUACUAUUCUCCCCACAGAACCGUUCCAAGACCCUCCACGUUCUUCAUUGUCCUAUGCACUUCCUUCUGGAGCGGCUCGCCGAGUCAUCGAGCGCUACAGCCUCGAUGACAACGAUAGACGUCCUCAAUCCAAGGGAACCAGCGAAACACGGCCAUCCGCUCCUGACGCCACGUCGGAUACAGUUCUUGGUCGUAAUCAGCCAAUUCUACAGGAGCAACAGAAAAACGUAUCACCACAAGGACGAAUAUCCCCGAAUCCCUCGUCGACUAAUCGGAAGACUUCCUCACCUGGACAGAACCCUUCUAAUCAAUUUCCCCCGAUAAUGCCACUAUCAGCAUCUCCAACAUAUGUGCCGCCACUGGCCCCUAAUCAUCGGGCAUCUGCCCAGCAGCCAAUCUACGUCAAUCAACCCAAUGCGCCCGAUCCAAUGCAAACUGUCUAUACCCCAAUUAUUCCACCCCAAGAUGAAAUUUGUGUGGAAUGUGCUAUGCGCGACCAAGACAUGGCUGAUGUAGAUGUUACCUCUCCAGGUGUAUGGGAAAGGGCCAGUGACGUUGUGUUCGAGGAACUCAAAGCUAGGGAAUUGGAGGACGAGGCCAAUGGGGUUAUAGUUGAGGAUUCCACCAGACCUAGAAUUAAGGGAGGUCGUCUAACCGAACAGAAUGUCAAAUUAUGGCUUAGUAUUAACCCUCGUGAACCUGCAUCGCGGCAACAAACGCUUAAUACGUAUGUCAAAUCUCAAAGGAAGCUUCUAGAGGCAGAGGCGGUUGCUCAUGCUCGCGCUAUGCAAGAAGCCAAACAAUUGGACAAUCGCAUGCGAGACGCAUAUUCACAACUUCGCCGUUCGGCGUACGAUAUGGGCAGCAGCCCUUCUCAUGCUGAUGAUGCCGGUGGAGUACGAAUCAAACCUCCAGUUUUAACCAAUGCUGCUAGCCAACCUCAAAGCCAUGGACGUUCCCAUUCGCGCGAAAUCACUUUGCUGGAAAAUGGAAUGAUUGUGGAACACGUCGAUGUCCGAAAGGAAGAAAAAGAAGCCCGAGAUCGCAAGAAACGGGAAGAAAAACGAGCGCGAAAGUCUUCUAGAGGAUCUAUGAUGGAUGUGACGUCUGUAAUUUCUGGUCAAAGCAAUGGGCCCCUGGCCGGUGAGAGCAGCCUAAAGCCUUACUCGAGGUAUUCCAACUCGAGUUCGACGCGUCCAACAAGCGUUCUUACCACCCCUCAUGAUCGACCGGAUUUGCCCCGGGCAUAUUCGACCGCAUCCUUCUCUGAUGUCCAUAGUUUGGGAUCUGCCUCUCCUCGUAGGACAAGAUUCUUUGGUAUGAAAAAUCUUAGCGCAGGAUGGAAAAGUCAGGAUAGUCUUGCUCCAUCUGGGAUAUCAGGAAGCAUGGUAGAUAUGCACGUCGCCCUGCAUCGUGAGGCCCAGAGACCCGGUUCUCGUACCCUAAUUUCUCCACCAAUUGAUCUCAACACCCCUAGGCGCAGUAAGAUUUGGAUGCCAACGGAUUAUGAUGAUGCCAAUGGAUCUCAAAUACUUCAAGACGACAGAGUUAAGAAAAAGAAAGGUGGGCUCGCCAAGAUUUGGCGCAUUGUUACCGGAAAGAACGAUGGUUUUCAGCAAGCGACCCCGGGCACCAAGAAUGAAGGUCAAGAGGACGAUUUGCCUCUUGCGCCUCCGCCUCCUUUAUCAUAUCUCGUGGAUAGAGGACCCCCAGACCUCCACACAGGAGGAGGUAUGCGACAUUCCUCAACACCUUCUCUGCCUUCUGUUGUUUCACCCAAAUUUGGUUCACCGCCUCCUGGUAUGUCCCCGCCUACUGCUCCGUCAAGCUUGUUGCCCUCCCCAGUCUCAUUGCGUACAUUCGGGGCUGAUAUAGAAGUUGUUGAUGGUCGCAUCGGCAACGAUCCUGAAUAUACCGAACAAAAGUUCAGUACAGAUGAUGCCCCUAAUAAGACGGCCAAUGUGGCUCAGAAGUCAAUUCACUCAACGACUUCCGAUAUGGAAUUGCGUCGCACUCUCAGUGGUCCGAGCUUCCCACCUACGACUUCUACUCCUAGCAACGGUCAAAAUAGUUCUAUUAGGCCGGCUUCCGUUUUGUCGAGAGAUAAAUCAUUACCCCCUCUUCCUCCCAAUGAACAACCUGCCCGCAUACUUCCGUCUGAUCUUAGGCCACGCACUCUUUACACAUAUGAUCCUCGUACCUUGCCCCCGGGUACUAAGCCACCUCACGAUUUUUUGCCUCCUCAAGCACCAUUCAGGACUGGUGAUGGUAGACGUCAAUCCUUCGGAGGAACAUCUUCAAGGCCAAAUUUGCAAACCAUGCCUGUCAGUAGACCUGUUGACUUUGACUCUUCUCAGACAUUGGGAUCACGUUACGACGAGUUCGGUUUUUCACAACGAUCAUUGGGAAGGCUGGACCAUGUCACCGACCAGCUUAGAAAGACAUCGCCUCCCGCAUCCACCAAACGGAAGAGCAGAUUCGGCCUUUCUUCUCUUCUCGGAAAAAAGCAGGAUAAGCGCGAACCAAAUGUGGUGCCAGAAAACAUACACCAUGAAUUUCCAUCUAUGGGACACUCGUCCUAUGACAAUCCAGACGAAUUGAACAAUACAGGAUAUGCAACAUCCACGUCACGACAUAGUACAUUUAGCUCAGGCCCAACUAAUCCCAAUAUGCGCAUGUCUGUAACUUCUCGAAAAGCGCUUGAAGAUCUUGUUCAGCAGGACGCAGAAUUUGUUGCCUACCGGUAUCCAUCGAACGACCAGCGUUUGGAUCUUCUGCGAUGA